AUGGGAACGCUUCAUCAACGUCUUGCUGAUUACUACUACAAACCAAUUUUUACAAAAACUUCUUUUGAUCCGGCUGUCUUCAAGAAAAUAGAAGAAGCAAUGGGCUUCUUUAAUACAGGGCUCGAGGCGCAGCUUUUUGCAGCUGGAGAUUCCCUAACAAUUGCAGAUUUUUCCCUGAUGGCUACUGUAUCGACUUACGAUGCUCUAAAAUUUGAUUUAACUCCGUAUCCUAAUGUUGCUCAAUGGUUUGAGCGAUGCAAAAAGACUAUGCCAGGAUAUGAAAUUAAUCAGAAAGGUGUUGAGAAAUUUGUUGAGAGAAUUUUGCCAAUGCUUCCGAAAUAA